AUGGACGAGCUUCUAGGCCUCGUUCAAUUGCUCUCAACACAACAGCAGCAGCCGCAGCAGCCGCAGCAGCACCAGCAGCAGCAGCAAGCACCGCUGUCCACGGAGGGUGCGGUUGUUCAGCAGGACCCGGGCACCGCGGCUCUCCUCUCGUCGCACCUCUCUUCCAACUCCGAAAGUGCCGCCGCCGCCGCUGGCGCUGCGUCGUCCAGCUUCGCGGGUGCGGCGGGCUGGGCGCCGCUGUCCCGCGCAGGGGUAGAAUCACUUCCCGCCGCCGACACAGCAGGCCCGCUGCGCACCGCGAGCGGCACAUGGCUGGGCGGCAGCAGUCGAUUGGCGGACCUGCUCGGGCAGUGGACGGCGGGGCGUGUGUGGAGCCCCGCGCCCGUCGUUGCGCAGAGUGGCGGUGUAGCAGGUCCCGCCGGCGCGGAGAGCUUGUUGGGCGGGCAGGUGUGCGGCGGAGUGCGGAGAGGAGCGGACGUGAAUGGGAAGGACGUGCUUGGCGCUUUAGGGGGCGCAGACGAGGGGGGCUUCGAGGUGGCGGGCGGCAACUCGAGGGAAGCGGAGCCGGUCGAGCGCGCGAUGUGGGGGGGUUACGCCUGCAACGGAGUGAGAGGGCGGCUCCCGUCAUCCAGCAGUCCUGGCGUUGCGUCUGUCACGGGGUUUGGCGCGGGGAAGGACGGGGUAGGGGAGUGUGAGCGCGGGCUUGAGGGAGGUGCGCAGAGGGGGAAAAGUCCAGCAGCGGCUGGCGUGGUGGGCGCCAGCAGCUGUGUGAACAGCAGUCGUGGCGCAGCGCGCGCGGGGAUGGUCGGGCUGGGGGACAGUGCACGCGCGUGGCAGGGGCGCAUUGGUGGCGCGAGCUCGGGGGAGGCACGGGGCGUGAGGGGAGGGGACGCAGGGGCAGAGGGUAUGGCGAUGGCAGGCGGCUCAUUGGACCCGCGCACUCAAGCCCUGGCGCCAGAGGCAGGGCAGCGCUUGCAAGGGCAGGCGCAGGGCGGGGGGGAGGCGGAAGGGGAAGAGGGGCUGGAGGCGCUGAGGGCGGCGGCGGCAGCGGCAGUGCAGCUGUCGGAGCGGCUGAGGCUGCACGUGGACCUGCUGUGCGUUGAACUCGCGAGCACGCAGCACUGGCGCGCACCGGGCGGCACAGGCAUGGGCGGCAAUAGCGGCGACUCGGAGGAGAGCAAAGAGCUGGUGAUCAUUCUGCGCAGGAAGAUAGAGCGAUUCUGUGGCCAAGGCAUUGAUUGCUUCGCCGCCUGCCAACGACUCGUCGCCUCCACGCCAGGGCAGGGGCAGGGUAAGGGGCAGGGGCAUGGGCAGGGGCAGGGGCAGGGGCAGGGGCAGGGGCAGGGGCAGGGGCAGGGGCAGGGGCAGGGGCAGGGGCAGGGGCAGGGGCAGGGGCAGGGGCAGGGUGAGGGGCAGGGGCAUGGGCAGGGGCAGGGGCAGGGGCAGGGGCAGGGGCAGGGGCAGGGGCAGGGGCAGGGGCAGGGGCAUGGGCAGGGGCAGGGGCAGGGGCAGGGGCAGGGGCAGGGGCAGGGGCAGGGGCAGGGGCAGGGGCAGGGGCAAGGGCAGGGGCAGGGGCAGGGGCAGGGGCAGGGGCAGGGGCAGGGGCAGGGGCAGGGGCAGGGGCAGGGGCAGGGGCAGGGGCAGGGGCAGGGGCAGGGGCAGGAGCAGGUUGAGCGAGGGGCAGCAGGAGGGGCAGCAGGGCUAAUGGCGAUGGCAGACAGGCGCCCUUGGGCGAGUGAGCAAGUCAAUGGUGGGCCGCCCAUGCAGACAAAAGGCACAAAGGGCGAGGCCUGGAAGGGUGGGCAAGGGGUGCAGGGCGGCGGUGCUAUGGCAAGUGCAGAGGCAGGGCGGGAGGCGAGGGUGGCAGCAGGAGGUGGAGGCAGUCAGAGCCAGGGCUCGGGCUUCGCGUUUGCUGUGGGCGGGGUGGGCAGCGACGUGCAGGCCAGCCCCAGCGGGCUGCGUGCGCGCACUCCGUGGGGCGCGGGGCUCACUGGCAAGCCUGCAAGCGGCAGCCGUGGUCACGCGCAGAGGGACGCUCAGGGGCACGCGCAGGCAGAGGGUGCGGGGGGUCAGCAUGGGUGGGCCGCCAAGGCAGAACUGCAGGCGCUGGAUGUGGGUGGUGGGGGCGAAGGGCUGGCAGCAAUGGCAGGAGGUGGCGGGGCGAUGCGCGUGGCGGACGGCACAGCGUCGCCCACUCUAAGCACGGCGUCCUCCUGGCCCUCGGAGCAUGACCUCGCCCUGCCCGCCCAUACCGCCCCCCGCCCCCGCCACCUCUGCAACCCUGCCGCCACCCUUGCUGCUGCUGCAGGGGCGGGGGGCAUGGGGCAGGAAGGGGACAUGCGUGUGUCGGCAGCGGAGGGGACGAGUGGGGGGCGAGGAGAGCAGGGCCAUGGUAAGGAUGUGCGUGGGAGGACAGGGGUGCAGUCUGGAGAAGAGGGGGGCGCAGGGCAGCGGCAGGGCGUGGCCGAGGAUGCAGGCUGCAUGGCCACACUCCUUGCUUCCACUCGCCCGGCUGCCUCAUCUGGCCUCAAUUCACCACACACGCCACAGCAGCAGCAGCAGCAGCAGCAGCAGCAGCAGCAGCAGCAGCAGCAGCAGCAGCAGCAGCAGCAGCAGCAGCAGCAGCAGCAGCAGCAGCAGCAGCAGCAGCAGCAGCAGCAGCAGCAGCAGCAGCAGCAGCAGCAGCAGCAGCAGCAGCAGCAGCAGCAGCAGCAGCAGCAGCAGCAGCAGCAGCAGCAGCAGCAGCAGCAGCAGCAGCAGCAGCAGCAGCAGCAGCAGCAGCAGCAGCAGCAGCAGCAGCAGCAGCAGCAGCAGCAGCAGCAGCGGCGGCAGCAGCAGCAGCAGCAGCACAGCCGGUCGUGCAGUCCAUCCCCACAGCCUGACUCCCAGGCCGCAGCACAGUGUGAGGGGCAGGGCAGGCUGGCACGGGCAGGGAGUGGGCAACAGUGUGGUGCUGGCAGCGGUAGCGACAGCGACAGCAGCGGUGGUGACGGCAGUGGCAGUGAUGGCGGCGGUGCAUCCACUGUGCGCCCGCCCACCUCUCCCACGGAUCUCACCCCCUCGCCCACUUCCACCCUGCCCGCUCUUUCCCCCCAGCCUGCACCCACCGCCCCCACUGCCCCUGCGGCUGUGGGUGGCAGCAUGGGCGGCGAGUGGGAGUAUGGGGUUGCAGCGCUGGAGCGGCAGGAGAGCACGGCGGGCACAGCGGGCCCCAGCGCUGGAGCGGUGGUGUUGCGUGGCAGCGCUGAGGGCUCCACUCCAAGCCCACUCGCCGCAUCUGCCACGCCUGCUGCCAGCCUGUCACGGGGUCGUGGGGGCGAUGGGGUAGGGCGCAUGGCCAAUGGGGAUGCACGGGGAGCAGCGUAUGGUGCGGGCAGUGCAGGCGGUGAGGGUGGAAGGGGAGGGGUGGGGGUGCGGCGGCGCGCAUCAGAGAUGUCAGUGGACACAGGGGGCACCAGAGGCUCCAAGGGGGGCAACGCCAGUGACGGCAGCAAACGCAUCAAGAGGCCGAGAGCAGCGACGGAGGAUGCGGUGAUCCUGACAUCGCUGGACGACGGGUGGCACUGGCGCAAGUACGGGGAGAAGCCCAUCGUUGAUAACUACUUUCCACGUGAGUACUACAAGUGUUCCCUGAAGCGCGGGCUGCGCUGCCCGGCGCUGAGGCAGGUGGAGCGGUGCAACGACGACCCCAGCAAGUUCCGCGUCUUCUACAACGGCGCGCACAACCACGACCGCCCCCUCUCACGCCACCGCCCCGCGCCCUCCUCCUCAGGCCUCAUGAGCAGCAGCAGCGGCGGGCCUGCCCCAUCCGACCCCUCUGCUCGCCCAUGGCACCCCACCCGCGGGGGCAGGGGUGCCCUUCGCGCUGCUACUGCUGUUGCUGGCGCGUCUGGGGCGGUGAGUGGCGAUGGCAGGAGUGAUGGUGCUGCAGUGGCUGUUGCAGGCAGUGCGGCAGCAGUGCUUGGCGGCAAGCAAGAACUAGGGUCACAUGGGCAAGGGAGGCACGCGGAACAGGAGAGUGACAAGCAAGUGGCGGGGGUGGGAGCAGCAGCAGAGGGUGAGGGUGCUUUGACAGCAGGCGCAGCACAGCCCAAGCACGCGAAUGUACGAGAUGCUUCCUAUGGGGUGGAAGACCGUGCCCCCCUGGCGGAUACUCGCAGCAAUGGCAACGGCGAUGGCAAUGGCAAUGCCAAUGGCGCUUUUGAGGAGCUUGAAAAGCGAUUCAAUGGCAAUGGCAAUGGCGAGGGUGAGGGUGAUGACGAUGACGAUGCUGGUGAAUUUGGUGGGUUCCGCAUCAUUAUUCCCAGCACCGCAGACGCAUCGGAGCAUGGUGGCAUGGCAGCAUUUGCAUGCACGGAAGCAAGUGCACGUGCGUUGGAGCGCAGCUGCUCCAUGCAGGGCGAGACCGCCACUCCCCGCCACUCCUCCCUGCCCUCGCCCUGCUCCCCCGCUGCCGCCACCAAGCACCCGUUCACGCCAGCGGCCUCCCUCUUCAGCCCUGCUGCAUCCGCCGCCGCCCCUCCUACCACCUGGCCUCGCUAUGCAGCAGCAGCAGCAGCAGCAGCACCAGCACCAGCAGCGGCAGCAGCAGGUACCGGCAGUGGAGAAGAAGGUGCAGGCACCCCCAGCAGCGUGCCAGCAGCGGGCAGUCACUUUGGCGCUCUCACCUCGCCCAUCUCACCCCUCGCUUCCGUCGCCUCUCGCUCUGCCCCACGUGCCGCCUGGCCGCCCAGCACCUCCCUGUGGCCGCACACCGCUGCUGCUGCCACUCACACUCGUGCCGCCGCCACCGCCCUGCCAGCAGGGGCAGGGGGCGGGGACAGGGGCUUCGUUGGAAACGGGCGAGGGGCGGAAGAGGGGGGUUGUGCAGGGGAGUUACGGUAUGAAGCAGGGGAGGAGGGGCUGGGAGGCGAGAGAGAGAUGGGGGAUGUAGAUGGAGGUGGGGGGGAGCAUGGUGGAGAAGGGGGAGGUAGGGGCGAGGGCGAGCAGCAAGGCAGAGGCGAGCAGAGCAUGGGUGGUGUGGGGGAGUCAGCGGGCGUGCCUUCCCUGACGCUGCCAGCGCAGGCAGCCAUGGAUGCACAAGGGUUCAAGUGGCAGGAGGACGCCAGCGAGCAGCACGGCCAGCAGGGCGCGUCCAGGAUAAUGUGGGGCCCCUUUGCUGCCACACUCGCAGGAGUGCAUUCACCAAAGGCAGCAGCGCGGCCAAAUGACUCACACGAGAUCAACCACGCGCCCCCCUUCUCCCCGCCUGCCUGCCCGCCUGUGCCCUCGCCGCCAGCAGCGGCCCAACCCCCCACACAGGACCCCGUGCUGUUACAGCUGCAGGCGCUGCCAGUGCCCAACAGGGCAGAGGCGCAGCGCGGGGGAGGGGAGCCGCGGUACAAGGCGGUGCACAUGGAGAUGGACCUCGACCUGCUCCUGCCCCCCCCCGCACCCGCACUCGCUGCCUCCGCCGCACCUGCACCGCCCGCAGCGCCCCCUUCCCCCCAGCGCACUGCACUGUCGUCCUCAGGCGCCCCUGCUCGUGACACCUGCCAGUCGGGGGCGGGCGCGGGGGCAGCAGAGGGGUCGGGCAUGGGCAGUGGCAGCAGGGACGGGGAGCCCCCGGAGAUAUUUGUGCCGGUGAGGCGCCCGCUGGACAUGAUGCGACACACGGACGACGAGGCGCUGUCGCCGCCCACCAUCUCGCCCACCCUCAUGGGCCUGCUGCGUGCCUUCAACUCCCCGCGCGGAGCCUCCUGGUAG